UAAGGUUAUUAAUUUCUGUGUGUAGUUUUCUUUUGCCCCUAAAAGAAACGAAAGGGCAGCCGGCAGUGCUUCUUCUGAUAAUAGUCGCCCAAAUCCCUUAUCAUCUUGAUAGUCUGAUCAAUGGGUGAAGUUUCUACGACGACUAACAUUGCUAAGGAUGUCACUGAAUUGAUCGGUAGAACUCCUUUGGUUUAUCUCAACAAUGUCGUGAGUGGUUGCCAUGCUCGUAUUGCUGCCAAGCUUGAAAUGAUGGAGCCUUGCUCUAGCGUUAAGGACAGGAUUGGGUAUAGCAUGAUUACUGAUGCAGAGGAGAAAGGCCUUAUUAUUCCCGGGCAGAGCGUCCUGAUUGAGCCUACCAGUGGUAAUACUGGCAUAGGGUUGGCUUUCAUGGCAGCAGCAAAGGGCUAUAAGCUCGUCUUAACAAUGCCCGCAUCCAUGAGCAUGGAGAGAAGGAUAAUUCUUAAAGCUUUUGGUGCUGAGUUGGUCCUAACUGAUCCAGUUUUGGGGAUGAAAGGAGCCGUUCAAAAGGCUGAGGAGUUGGCUGCGAAGACACCCAACUCAUAUGUUCUUCAACAAUUUGAAAACCCUGCCAAUCCGAAGAUUCAUUACAAGACAACUGGGCCUGAGAUAUGGACCGCAACUGGAGGGAAAAUCGAUGCCUUUGUAUCUGGUAUUGGAACUGGGGGCACGAUAACUGGAGCAGGGAAAUAUCUUAAAGAGAAAAAUCCUGAUGUCAAGCUUUAUGGCGUGGAGCCGACAGAAAGUGCUGUUCUAUCGGGAGGAAAGCCAGGCCCACAUAAGAUCCAAGGAAUAGGAGCUGGUUUUAUUCCUGGGGUUUUGGAUGUUGAUCUCAUUGAUGAAGCCGUGCAGGUUUCAAGUGAUGAAGCUAUUGAAAUGGCGAAAGUUCUUGCCAUGAAAGAGGGUCUAUUGGUUGGAAUAUCAUCUGGAGCUGCUGCAGUAGCGAGUCAGGCGCAUGAAGAGUCACAAGUUGAUGGAGUUUCAGAUUAG